UGACCAAGUGAGUGCAGCCUUGUGGCAGCUGGAGCGAGAGCUUCUCGUUGAUGUAUGCAGGUGACUGAAAUUUUCCGACCUGGACAGCGGAGAACCUCACAGCAAGUCAAAGAGGUCACUCAUUCAAAUGGCAGAGAGUGUGUUUGAUGAGAUUGAGGAAAACGAACCGGAAAGAGCAGAACAGUUUUACAAAGAUACAAUCGCAUACAUUGAGAGACUGAGUAAAGAUGUGUACCAGUCGGAUGAAGAGCACAUAAUAGAGGAGCCUGCUCCAAAGAAGGGACUGAAGAAAAUAUCUGUACAUGACACUCUACCAAAAACUAACAGUUCUCCACUCAAAACUCGAUCAGAGCCCACAAACACACUGCAGGAGGUAACAUUGAGGAGGGAGUUCAAAAUCUGUGGACAGAUUGGAGAGCAUGGACAGAAGGAUAAGUUGUCCUACCUCAGCCUAGUCCGUCAAAUUGAGAUGGGGUUGGAAAAAGGACACUCAGAGACUGAAAUCAUAGAGGCAGUAAUCAGAGCUGUUAGUCCAGGCCUGCCCCUAUGAGACAUGCUGGAGAUAAAACGUGGGCUGACCCUUAGCAAACUGCUCACCAUUCUAAAGGGACACUACAAAGUAGACAGCUCAACUGAGAUAUACCAUCAGCUCAUUAAUAUCUCCCAAGAGCCCAGAGAGACUGCCCUAAACUUUGUUUUUCGAGCUAUUGAACUCAAAGAAAAACUGUUAUGGAAAGUUGCAAAUGAGGAAACGGAUGAAUUGUACAGCAGAGCCACAAUUCAGCGUAAGCUCCUGCGUUCCAUUGAAACUGGGCUGCUCAGUGAUGCAAUUAAGUAUCAUUUGAUGCCCCUUCUCAACGACUUGAGCACGACAGAUGAAGAGUUAAUUGAGAGAGUCAAUGAAGCAUCAAAGUUGGAAAGUGAGAGGCUGGAGAAACGCAAAAGGUUCACAGCAGCCAAGACUCCCAAGGUACAAGAGCUCCAAACAGAAAGUCAGACAGAUCUGACACCUUUCCACAGCACAGCCAAGCCCAGUGAGUCCCAUCGCACAGUGGCCAUGAAAGCAGUAAAAGGUAAAGAGAUUAAGCCUGAAAGUACAAACACGCAACAGAUUAUAGAGGAACUUAGUAAAGAAAUGCAGCAAAUGUUCAUGUCUGUUAUGGAAUCAAGUUCCCGCCCUGUGAGACCAACACAAAGAGAAAAAGGCUGCAAAAAGAGCAGAGACGAGGGGAAAGGAGAAAACUGUAUGCACUGUUUCAAAUCUGGACGAGCAGGCCAUUACUCUCGCGGAUGCAGAGCACAGAGAUCAAUGUCGUUAGAGGGUGAGACACUAACAGUGUUUGCCGCCAACGACACACCCAUUCCUUACAUCGGCUGGAUUGAAGUCUGCUUCCGACUAGAUAAUGAUUCGUAUAACACAAGUGAGCUGCAAGUACCAAUAUUGGUCUCAAGUGAUCCAGCAGUGGCCAGUGACCCCAUUAUUGGUUACAACGUUAUUGAAGCCAUCGUUAACAAGAAAGAGGGAAAGACCAAAGGUGGAAGAAGACAGCUGCCAUACAAAGUGAGUAAAGUUUUUGAAAUUACAGUACGAACUGCUCACAGUGUAGUCAAGCUCGUGCAGAACACUAAUGAAGAUUCAGAGACUGGUGUUUUACGUACUGGAGGGAAAACGGUGCACUUGCCACCCAACCAAGUCACAGUCGUCCGCAUGCGUGCACACAUUGGUUCCCAAGCCAAAGGUCAGGAAAUGCUCUUCUCACCCAGUACGCCUGAACCUCCACCAGAGAGCAUAAUCUACCAUGAGAUAUUGGUGCAAAUCCCAAAAAGAAAAGUGCCAUAUGUGUCUAUCCCUGUAACAAACACCACAGACCACUCCAUUUAUUUGGACAGUCGUAAAAUAAUUGGACAAGUUGAACCAGUAAAGACAGUGUAUUCGGCAGACAUCAAAACAAAAGUGAACCAACUGACACAAAAUAUCAAGAACAGGACAGAGUUAAGAACACAUAAGCCAAGUCACACACUACAGUCGGAGGACAAGCACCUAAAGAGACCAAAGUCUUGGGAUCCAUCAGUGGAUCUUCAACACUUAACGCAGAGUCAGCAAGCAGCAGUAAAGAAAAUGUUGCGGGAGGAAUGUGAGGCUUUUGCAUUUGAUAGUGAUGAUGUGGGAUCCAUGCCUUCUCUGAGGAUGCACAUAACCUUGCAUGACACAAGUCCUGUGCAGAAGACCUACAUGUCCGUCCCAAAGCCUCUCCACAAAGAAGUCAAAGAGUAUUUACAAGACUUACUCAACAAAGGUUGGAUCACACCCUCACGGUCCCCCUACUCCUCCCCCGUGGUGUGUGUUCGCAAGAAAGAUGGCAGUCUCCGGCUCUGUUGCGACUUUAGAGAACUAAAUCGCAAGUCAAUUCCGGAUCGCCACCCGAUACCCAGAAUUCAGGACAUGUUGGAUGCGCUGGGUGGGAGCUCCUGGUUUUCAGUUUUAGAUCGGGGAAGGCGUACCACCAGGGCUUCCUUGAUGAAGAGAGCCGCCCUCUGACUGCCUUCAUCACACCCUGGGGGCUCUAUGAAU